GCAAUGCUGCAGACCCUUGUACUAAAAACAGUGAUUGUAUUUCUAAUCAUUGUCUUGAUGAUGGAAGUUGUGCAUGUGGGAAUGGGAAUGGAGAUUGUGAUGAUGGAGAACCAUGUGAUAGCACUGGUGAUUGUAUUAUUGGAGCUUGUAUCAAUAAUGUAUGUGUUUGUGCUGGAAAUAAACAAGGAUUGUGUUCCAGAGGAGUUGCAUGCUCUGGUAACGAUGAUUGUUUUAGCAACGAAUGUAAGGAUGGCAAAUGUACAGAUGACUCCGAUCCAGUCCCCAUAAAAGGCCCCGAUCUCGACGACCCCAUAGAAUUCCCGCUUCCAACAGUUUUCGUUUAG